AUGAGUCAUUCACAGAUAACCGAUCCCGAUUCAUACAGCUUACGUGAUAUUCUCCUCCUUUCACAACUCCUACACACGAACAAGAUCCCGACGUUGCAGGCUUUGGAAUCAAUCAAUCAUAACGUGCUUGAAAGUGUACUCCAUCAGUGGAAAACACAUGUCUCAACACAACUAGAGCACAAAACCAUCAAAAUCAAUACGCUACACCAAUUGAUGGAGUUGUAUCGUAAGUUAUUGGACAAGUAUAAAGUUGACAAUACUGAGAGUUUGGCGAAUGAGGUGUAUUACUUGAGAAUUGAUGAGUUGAAGAAUACCAUUGAAACGAAACGAAAUGAGUUUACGGCAGUAUUGAAUUCGUAA